CUCACAUCCAGUUUUAGACUCAGAAAGGAUUGCUUUCCUCUCCGCAAGCAGCGAUCUCCUUCCAGACUCAGCAGCCACACUUCCUCUCCCAGUAACCAAACUACAGAGGAAAAAUGGCCGCCGUCUCCAUGGCUGCUGUUGGCCUGGGUGCUCCCCUCGUCGCCCCCAAGAGCCUGUCCUCCAAGGCGGCUUUCUCCACCACCAAGGCGUCUUGCUUCGUGAAGCAGGUGUCCGCUAAGACCGUCUGCUCCGCGGAGAAGGAGAACGUUGCUGAGCAGGCUGGCAAGAUCGCCUCUGCCCUCGCCCUUGCUGCCGUCGUCAGCACUGGUGCCCUGGCCGCUCCUGAGGUCGCACUCGCCGAUGUCGCUGGCCUGACCCCCUGCAAGGACUCCAAGGCUUUCGCCAAGCGCCAGAAGAACUCCAUCAAGAAGCUGAACAACCGCCUCAAGCUCUACAAGGAGGGCUCCGCCCCCGCUCUGGCCCUCAAGGCCACCAUCGAGAGGACUGAGCGCAGGUUCUCGUUCUACGGCAAGUCCGGCCUGCUGUGCGGCACUGACGGUCUUCCCCACCUGAUCGUCGACGGUGACUACAGGCACAACGGCGAGUUCGUCUCCCCUGGCCUCGUCUUCCUGUACAUUGCUGGCUGGAUCGGGUGGGUCGGCCGCUCUUACCUGAUCAAGACCAAGGAGGGUGCCAAGCCCACCGAGAAGGAGAUCAUCAUCGAUGUUCCCCUCGCUCUCAGCCUCAUGGGCCGUGGAGCCACCUGGCCCGUGGCUGCCUGGUCCGAGUACAGGAAGGGUGACCUGAUUGUGCCCGCUGACCAGAUCACCGUGUCCCCCCGUUAAAUGCAAGAUAAUAUAUUUUGAGAUUCAUGUACAGCCCUUUUAGAAGGUCGGCUUUGAGUGAACAAUUUUGUACGCUCAAUAUUCAGAUUAACACGAUAUUCAAUAGCCACCUUUUGGAAGUGCCGGGUUGUCUCUGUUCUGUAACAUGCCACUCUUACUGUUCCUGGGAU